UUAACCGAACAUUUUUUUGGGAGAAGAUGAAGAACGUCGCGGUGGAGCCUUAACAAACGUUAACCGAAUGAAAGUGUUUCUACGGUAUUUGGGUGACCCAGGCUUUCAAUUUGGAGUAGGAGAGGACAUCGGAGUCCACAGAUCAACUGUAUCCAAGACAAUUUCUUCAGUUAGGACUGCAGUUCUAAACAAGGCUGAUGUAUGGAUUAAGUUUCCGACAACCGAAGAAGAAAUGGAAGUGGAGAAAGCCAAGUGGCAAACAAACUACAGUUUCCCGAAUUCAAUAGGUGCAAUUGAUUGCACUCAAAUCCCCAUUGUAAAGCCGUUUUUACACGGGGAUGAGUAUAUCAACAGAAAACGAUUUGCAAGUGUUAACGUUCAGGCUACUUGCAAUGGAUUAGAAGAGUUUACCAGUGUCGAUGCUUCUUGGCCUGGCUCCGUUCACGAUUCCAGAAUUUGGAAAAAUUCAGAUGUUUACCGUGUAAUGGAAAGAAAUGUGGGGGAAAUCGCUGUUAAUUGCAGACUCAGGAUACGGGAUCGCCCCAUGGUUAAUGACGCCGUUUUCCCCACCUGCAACACCUGUUCAAGUGUCUUUUAACAGAUGUUUGACCAAAGAACGAGUUACUAUUGAAAGAUGUUUUGGUCAGAUGAAACAGCGAUUCCCUAUCCUCCAACACAAAUUAAGAAUUAAGUUGGAGAACAUUCCAUCCUUUAUUAUUUGCUGUUUUAUUUUACACAACACAGCGAAACGCCUAAAUGAUGAAGAUUUUGAAGCCGUCGCUGAACAGCCUGGCGA